AUGCAACGAAGAGAUACGUUCAACACAACCACUUCUACUGGUUUUUCCAGUAGUCAAAACACAUCAGAUUCCUUUUGGAGAAGAUAUAGUAAUAGAACGUCAUCGCAAAAGUACUUUUUAAAUAAGAGCAGUACAAAAAUAAAAGAAGUCAAAGAAAUAUUUGAUACGAAAGUACAACAAGUUAAGGUUGGCGAAAUAGUAAACGUUGAAAACACUAGGCGUAACAGCAUGAAAAUGAUCGCAGCUAUGAAUGAAAUAAAUGAUAAUUUAGGGGAUAUAAUAAAACUUGAAGAUAAAAAACGCAUCAGUCUCAAUAAAAUAGUAGCUGUUAAUGGAGUAAUUAAUAACAUACAAGUAGAGGUUCAUGAAAACCAAAGUAAUGAUGAAAUAGAUGAGACAUCUGAUGUGAGCGCCACUGCUAACAAUAAACAACUACAAAUAUUGAAUUUAGAUGUUAAGACCAAUAAUGUUUAUUCUGUGACGUUAGAUGUAAGUGAAACGAGCGAGGGAAAAAACAGGUUCGUGUGUGUGCCAUCGCAGGAUAAAGAGAGUAAAAAUAUAUUUGUAUACGACUUUAAAAGUAAUGAGAGUUUUGUGUAA